AUGUCUAAUUUAUCCAACCAACAAGAUCCUUCACCAGCACCAGACCCUAGGAACGCGGUUCCACUCUUGACGGUCCUCCGACAAGAGCUUGGCCUUAACUGGGAACUAUACAAAGAGUUCCUGGUGAGUAUCAAAACCGCCAUCCUAGUCGGCGACAAUGCCGCCCCACUGAUCAACCAGAUGGAGCCUUUAAUACAGAACCGAGUUUGCCAGAUUGCUCACCAGGGUAUUUUAUUCUUACUGAAAGAGUUGGAGAUGAAAUGUCGCGCCGAAGGUAAGACAACUGCAGUCUCCCAAUCCCCUCCACUUAACGCAAACCGGCCAUCUAUGCCACAUCCAGUCGCGAACAUGGUGCCGCGUCCACUUCUGUCACCAAAACCUUCCGUAGGCGGAGUUGUACGCAACUAUCCCAGCCAGAAUGUCUCAACAUCCCGGGCACGCCCAGUUCCUACUCCUGUUCCCAAUCGACCUAGAUCAAACGUCGCGACCGCCAUUCGAAAUCAGCCACGCAGCCAUCAAGCUUCACAGUCAACUCCCCGUUACGACACUGUCAUGUUCAUUGACCCCACUUUCAAAUGCGACGUCCAAGAGUUUUUCGGCUUUGCUGGCCGUCCCCGAAUCACCGAUACCUCGUACCAUGGGUUUGAUUCUGUACCGAUUUAUAAACCUGAUGUCGACGAUCUUGCUUUUUGGAGGAAGAAGGUUGAAGCAGAGAGAAAGGAUGACAUGUAA